AUGGCAUCAGAGGCAAAUCCUCAGCCUCCCGCCAAGCUCUGGACAAACAAACCACCAUGGCAUGAUGGUCAGGUUGGUGACACAGCCCUUGAAGCACAUGGGAAAGACACCUGGCCGAUCAGCCGCCUCCUCCGAAAGAAUCAAAUCCUCCGAAGGGAGAAGCAGCCAAUAUCAGGUCUGUGCCUUGCACAUGCAGCCUCACCGCCUCACCGCUUCAAAAAGCCACUUAACGUAUCUUGCUUGCAUGAGUCUUAUCGCCUGUUUUCGAGUCGGAGGCGUCCGGUGAAAAGACCACACGGGCUCCACGUCCAUUAUAAUCGUCGUCAUACCGAGGCCCGCCGGGAAUCACUGUCUGUGAUAACCACUAGCAGCCACCUCCCCGAAGGCAUGAGGAAAGAGCGCUCAAGGGGAGAUCGUGAUCGGGCUGGAGAGGAACGUGGCAAAAGCCCUCUGCUUGAAACUCCUCCAGCUCCUCAGCGACUUGAUCUAGGAUCCGGCGGUGCGGGCAAUAUGGUCGAGAAGCUCGUAGUUGAACGAGUUGACUUGGGUCCACGUUCCAUAGAGGCAGACCUACGACGUCAAUGUAAUAUACGAGCUGGAGCCGAAUUAGCUAAGGUGACUGAAGAAUUGGCCUUGUCGUUUGCCGCAGAAUCGGUAGACGAGACGGAUCGAAAAUCACCACCAGAGUCACUACGCUUGCAACCUCAUCCUAAACUGGGUGUGAAGUCGCGCGCUGAGGUUGAGCUAGAAGCGCGAUUGGUCUUGGAUUUCGGUAUCUUGUCGAUGGCUGGGAAACCUAGUCAACAUGGGAAGGACGGCUGUGUUCAUGAGGAUUACCACAGCGCUGGAGUGGGAGUGUGA